AUGGUCGACGCGCUCUCUACAGCCAAGCUUGUGAUUUAUAUUUUUCUCUCCAUCCCAGCUUCUUAUAUCAAUCUUAAACAUGGGAGACGCGGGUUUUUGGGCUGGUUCUAUGUCCAGCUCUUUUGCGCUCUCCGCCUUGUUACCGAUGUAUUGACAAUUAAGCCCGGUCUUGCGAGCACAGAAACCACAAUGAUUCUGAGUAGCGUCGGUUUGGCGCCGCUGCUCUUUGCAUGUGCAGGAAUUCUCCAUGAAGCGAGACUUGCUCGUGAUCCAACGAUUAACGGCAAAAAGGAGUGGAUGUAUCAAAUUUAUUACCAUAUCCUUGUCCUUGGUGCCACUAUUCUGAACGUCGUCGGUGUUGUUGAGCUCAUGGAAAAGGGCCCCAACUCAGUCUCUGGCACCCUUACCAAGGUCGGCGCUACUCUCGCUGUCCUAGGCUGGGUCGUUCUCGUAGGCUUUUCCUUGUUCUCGCUUCGAUACAACGUUAUCAAGAAGACUUCAACCUAUCGUAAUGGGACACUGCUACUGUACGGCGUGAUAGCUACCCUCCCUUUCAACGGUAUUCGCCUUGUAUACUCUGUCAUCUCCAUCAUACUCAGAGUCGAACAUCCUCAUUCUGAAUUUUUGAGCUCAACAGCAGUUGAAGUCUGCAUUAGCGUUGUUCCGGAGAUGCUCGUUGUCAUAAUUCUCAUCAUGGCGGGUCUUAAGACAAGGGAACUUAACCAACUCUUCAAGACCAUGAACUUCUAA